GCAACACAUUGUACCGAGCUGAAUUCAAACAUGGCGAGGAAAGUUCUUUACAGUCUUCAAUCAAUACUUUUCCUGUGGAUAGCUGUGGGUUACAGUGAGGCGACAUUAACAUGGCCUGCCGGGACAUAUGGCAUACCCAGAGCAAAGGUUGGCUGUCCUGUGACAGUGAUAUCCAAGGUGUGGGCCACAGGAUGGAGAUUUGAAGACAUUGAGGACAGCGCUACAAACAACUAUAAAUCACCGAGUUUUCAUCUUAAUGCAACGGUGGGCAAAGAUAUUAACAGAACAUUCUGUAUUAAAACAGAAGACAUCAUCUCUGAGGAAGAUAGUGAGUGGCCUCAGGGUAAAUAUUGUAUCUACAAGAAAGGUGAUUGCCCCAAAGGACUGGAAGAAGGUUACUUAUUUUGGCAUGACGAACACAAUAAGAACAUCAACGAUCAAGGAGGGACACUUCCCGAUGGCGAAUAUGACAAGGACACUCUAAUAUUCUAUUAUUGCAGAACCGGCGGUGACAAAUUUAAGGCUAUCUCCCUCCCCCUAAUCAGCCCGUUUUACCUUAAGGCUUUCAGCACGUCAGAGCGCCAGCGCGUGCAAGGCGCCAUUGCCACAGAGGAGUACAUUCGAUAUGACAAUGAAGAUGCGAAAAACCAAGAUGCGUAUAAUGGCAGUUAUCCCUACGAUGGAGGAGGACGCAAUCACAAAAUUGCUCAUUGUUAUUAUGAAAGUUGCCUCUACACGUAUAGCUUGGAUAACGAUGAGCAGAUGCAAUUCACCUCUCCAAAAUUUUUCGACAACAGAUUUCCGUCGGAGCAGAAGUGCACGUGGCGAUUUGUUUUCUCCAGGGAAGGACAGUAA